CAAAAAAAAAAUCAUACGCGCAUUACUUACGCUACUUCACAUUAUUAUCAUCAUCAUCAUUCAUUAUUCAAUUUUAACGAUAUUUUUACUUAGAAAAGAAAAGGAGAAAUAGAGAAGUGGAUCAGUCGGUGCUUGUUUUUCCAUCCAAGACUGUGUGCUUCAUAAAAAAAAAUUUAUCAGAUUAUGAAGAAUAAAAUGGAAAGGCGACAAAUGACUAUUUAAGCGUAUUCAGUGACUUCGAUCUAAAGGAAAGAAGCGACAACAAAAAAAGUCACAAAAAAAUAUUAAUUUGGAAUUAAAGAAGAGAAAUGCUCUGUGGUGUAUUGGAUUCACAAGAAAGAUGCUUUUAUGGCAUUUCUAUAGUCUUUUUAUUAUUUUUUGUCUCCACAAAUUCACAUAUUCACAGUCGGCAAUAGAGUGCCCACAACGACAAUGUAGGUUAGCAUUUAUGUGCUGGCUUGAAGGAGGUAAUGCGGUUCAAGGAUGUGGAUAUAAUUCAUGGUUAUAUUCAUGUUGUAUGAAAGGAAGUGCCCAACAGCAGUCGUCAACGAAAAUUUCACAAUUAUCAAAACGCAAGCGACAGAAUGACGAAAGAAAUGUACAGAAAAAAUUAUCAAAGCGACGUUAUGAUACGUCUGAAGCACACUUAGUGACACAACCAAAUUGUGGGAUUCCAAGAACGCCGAGUAAUACACUUCAGAAGAGAAUUAUUGGAGGGCGUCCGGCGUAUUUUGCAGAAUUUCCAUGGCAGACGCAUAUCAGAAUUAAAGAAUUUCAGUGCGGUGGAGCUCUCGUCUCAAGACGAUUUAUCGUAACCGCAGGACAUUGUAUUUCGAGAGCAAAGUUACGAGACAUUGUCGUAUAUCUUGGUGAGCUUGAUACUCAAGAUUCAGGCUUUGUCUUUGAACCACUGCCAGCAGAGAAGCACACGGUUAUACAAAAGUUCAUUCACCCAAAGUUCAGAUUUCGUCUUACUCAGCCUGAUAGAUUUGAUGUUGCUGUCAUGAAGUUAAAGAAGGCUGCGGGGUACAAAACCCACAUCCUUCCAAUCUGCCUACCAACCGUACCAUUUGACAUUACCGGCAAGUGGGGAAACAUCAGCGGAUGGGGAAAGAUAUCACAAGAACAUGGACAUACAGGCACCAAUAUUUUAAGAACCGCUGCAGUUCCAAUAAUAUCAAAAAGUGAAUGCAUCAAAUGGCAUCAAAAGAAGAAUAUUGUUGUUGAAUUAUUUGAUGAACAAUUCUGUGCUGGUUACAAGAAUAAGACGAUUGAUGCGUGUCUUGGGGAUAGUGGAGGUCCUUUAACAAUUGUUCAGAACGGACGAUACUAUUUACUAGGAAUAACAAGCGCUGGCUUCGACUGUGCAAGACCUCUCCAACCUGGCAUCUAUCACAAUGUACAAAAAACCUAUAAAUGGAUACAAAACAUAAUUUAUAAGAAUAACAAUUAACACGGUUCAAUAAUCAAAUAAACUUUCAUCACUUACUAUUAAACCAUAA